GCUAUACUCCCGCCGUCCCUUUCUCGAUAGGCCUUAUAUUAUACCUGCUAUCGUCUCUUGUCUCCUCCUGGAAUUAUCCAGUGUUUGACGAUCGUUUUACGAACUGUGCUGCUCUGAAAGCCGCAGCUUUCCCGUCUAGCCCUACGUUUCGAAACGUCACACAAAAUAUCGUCGGUGUCACUACGUGUUGGGCUGCAUCUUCCCCGCCUCGAUCCCCUUUCCUGCAUGGCUUGCCACAAUACACUUUAAGUGUCUUUCAUGAUGACUCAGAGUCAAAGAAUCUUCCCCCCCAGCGCGACCCAUCCACCCCAAGCAACCGGGCUUCUUCCCAGGCGAGGCGCACACCCAGUAUCAGUAGCCGCUACGGGUGCAACGAUGGCUGCUCUACACGCUGGGCUUCCCCUAGAUUUGAUCGGAGGUCCCACUGUCGAGAUCUCGGACGUGAGCCACGAUCUCUUAACUCUGGACGACAUGAGGGAGGAGCUCACGGAGUAUGCCGUCUUCCGAUUCGACAAGAUGCCGGGACAGGGCGGACACGACGACGAGGGCAAGUCUCAACCCGCCACUUGGGAGAGGGCUAUCAGGACUCGGGUUCGCGGCAUGUCACCGGGAGAGAUAGCUCGCCAGAUCCUACGCUUGAACCAGUAUUCGGCGACUCUGGGUGACAAGUUGAAGUCCUUAAACCCCAUCCUCCAGCGCCAGGUCGACCGGGCACAAGAGCAUCUCGCCCCACAUAACCCGGACCCGAUGAGCUAUCAUUGGGUCCUCGCUCAAGAGAGAAUCUCGCUCACUGCUUAUUUCAAGCGGGUGCCUAGGGCGAACGUUGAUAUCCUGUCACUCUAUCAGGCAAAUAGGAGAGGCGCCUUGCCACAGUACGAUCUAACCAUUCGCCGGAAUCCGGGCCCACCACCGGGCCGCGAAUUUCCGAGGGGUGGACUGGUGUUAGGGUCGAAUGCAGGCAGAAGCGGCGGCGGCGGCCCGUUGCCCCCCGUGCCGUAUCCUGGAGGCCCCCGACCGGACGAUAUAAACCAUGCUUUGGAUCGUAGCAAUGGCGGCAUACCAACUAGAGAUACCAGCGAAAGAUACGAGGGGAACCAACCUGCGAGGGGAUUCCUCGAACAGCACUCCGGUCGCGAGCAAAACCCGUUCCUCAAACGACAGUCAGGGGUUCCGCCGGUGCCGGCUCUCGAGGGAGCCCGAUUUUACGACGGCGCCCGUCUAGCGGGCCGUCGUGGUGGGAGGGACGAUGCCUGGACUGCGCAACAACAUGUCCUCGACAAGGCACGACACCCGUGGCAUAGGCCACAACCUGUCGCCCAUACGACGGAGCCGCCGACAGCCCGACACGCAUGGCAGAUGACUAGCCCUGCGCGCCAGAGGUACCAUCACGGGAGGGGUCUCGACGACGAGAUAAUGCGUUUGAGCGACAUGACGCUCAACGACGAAGAUGGCUACGGGACAGCCUCGCAGGACACGACUAGUCAUCAGCGCCGGCACAGAGAUAUGGAAGAUCUCACGCAGGACGGCUCGGUGCUCGAUGGGGAUCCGUUUGGCCGUGACACGCCGUCGCGCACGAGGGAUGGCGACAGACGGUACCGAGAGUCAUACUCACCGGAUAGCUUUGAGAGUGACUCGAGUCUGAUUCAGAGGGGGGAGAGACGAUUCUGUAAUAGAUGGUGGUGGUGAACCUGGACGGGCUUGACGAUGGCCUCGGUUACCCUGGGUAAAGUAGGAGCAAGUAGGAGGUACCUGUACCGCAUUGCAAGAAUUUUAUACCAUACCC